AUGGGCGAUAGCAGUCGAACAGCUGAAGAGCAAUACUUUCCCCUUCAGGAUUUGCGACCUGCAACAAGAGCGGACAAAGGACGGCAGCAUCGUCCUGCGAAGAUGAGCACGAAUGAAGGAUAUGAUAGGGCCGGGUCGCCAGCAUCCCCGAAAGAAGAAUGUAUCCAGCCGCUGCAGAAAGCGCUCCCGUCGCCGCAAGACAACGAUGUAUUUCCCCCCAUGCCGCUAUAUGAGCAGCCACUACGGCGGCAGCUUAAAUCUUUAGUCCUUCGUCCAGUCGCUUUCACAUUUACAUUAUGCUGUUUGAGCUUGAUCUUCAGUGCGGCUAUGAUAGACGGCGCGAAAGUGGGAUUCAAGCAUGCGUGGGCACGAAUUACUUUCCAUGAUCCGGAUGCUGGAAGACCCUUUCUACAAGAGGAGAAGCGUCGAGCAGCAUUGCGUCGCGAAGAUGAGCAGAAUUGGAAAGGAGAGCCGGACCUGGAAAACAAAGCUGGAUUGGAAUAUAUACCGACGGAAGGGGGCAAGGAUCCAGUAAAGAAUGACGUUGCGUACUAUGCAAGACGAGUUGGGCUAGACGUAGAAACAUUCAGGGUACAGACAGAGGAUGGGAUGUUACUAAAUCUGCAUCACGUAUAUGAUCCGAAAGAACACAAACCCUUGUCCGAUGUUGAACGGGCAGCCCGUGGUCCAAAAAUCUUUACUAACGCGCCUCCAUCGCGUCCGAUCGAGCCUACGGAAAGGCCAAAAUUCCCAGUGCUGAUGAUACAUGGUUUAAUGCAAUCAGCGGGCACUUUCACCUCACACGACGACAAUUCGCUCGCCUUCUAUCUUUGCAAGUCCGGUUACGACGUUUGGCUAGGUACUAACCGAUGUGGCUUCAAACCAGAGCAUGCCUUUCUCAAGCCAUCUGAUCCUCGAAUGUGGACCUGGAGUCCACGCGAUAUGGGGAAUAGAGAUCUGCCGGCCUUUACUUCUCGGGUCUUAUCAGAAACUGGAUUUCAAAAACUUGGGCUUGUCUGUCACUCUCAAGGCACAACACAGACCUUCAUUGCUCUGUCGAAAGACCAGAGACCGGAUCUUGGUUCCAAGUUCACAGUGUUUUGUGCUCUUGCUCCAGCAGUAUACGCAGGACCCCUCCUCAAGAGAUGGUACUUCUCCUUUGUGACAUCACUCUCUCCAUUUCGCUAUAGCACAAUCUUUGGGAUCCAUGCAUUUAUUCCUUUGAUGAUGCCGUUCCAACGUCUCCUCCCUGGACGUGUUUUUGGCGCUGCGGGCUAUCGCAUGUUCAAUUAUCUCUUUGGCUGGUCAGACCGGAAUUGGGAUCGUGGCCUCCGGGAUCGUGGGUUUCAAUGCAGUCCAACGUACAUCAGCAGUGAGAGUAUGAGGUGGUGGUUAGGUAAAAACGGGUUCGCCAAGAAUGGCUGUAUUUUAGCUUCUGAGGCGGAAACACAAUUAGAGGCCCAAGUCGAUGCGGAGAUGGAUAAAUAUAAAGACGACACACCAUCUCCUUCUCACGUUCCAGAAGUUCGGGAAAUAAGACCUUGGUACGACCAUCGUGCCCCGCCAAUGGCGUUUUGGGCAGCUGGAAAAGAUGAGUUGGUCGACGGAAGGAGACUACUCAAGAGGUUUGGAAGAGGAAGAGAGCCGGAUGUUAGAGUUGUUCACAGUGAACUUAUAGACGAAUACGAGCACUUAGAUGUCAUUUGGGCUAUGGAUAUAAUAGACAGGGUUGGACGGGGGGUAAAAGACACACUUUGGAUGACGUGCGACGUUAGGGAUAAGGUACGAAUACCUAAGGGGUGUGAGAACGUUGGAGCUUGGAAUGAUACUGGCCGAAUAAGAUAA